CUUAUCAUAAUCACAACUGAACCGACUCUUGAAUUCGUUCGGAAAAUCUCAAUUCAUCGUCUCUUCCACUUUCGAUCUUCAUCUGCAAUGGAUCCUUACAAGCACGCUCCAUCAAGCGCAUUUAACUCUCCUUUCUGGACCACAAAUUCGGGAGCUCCUGUGUAUAACAACAACUCUUCAUUGACCAUAGGAACAAGAGGUCCUAUCCUCCUUGAAGAUUAUCAUUUGGUGGAGAAACUUGCCAAUUUUGACAGAGAAAGAAUCCCAGAACGUGUAGUUCAUGCCAGGGGAGUUAGUGCCAAGGGUUUUUUCGAAGUUACACAUGACAUUUCUCACCUCACUUGUGCUGAUUUUCUUCGGUCCACUGGGGUUCAGACUCCAGUUAUAGCUCGAUUCUCCACUGUUAUCCACGAGCGUGGUAGCCCUGAAACCCUUAGAGACCCUAGAGGUUUUGCUGUUAAAUUUUACACCAGAGAGGGUAACUUUGAUCUAGUGGGAAACAAUUUCCCUGUUUUCUUUAUCCGUGAUGGUAUGAAGUUUCCUGAUAUGGUCCAUGCUCUGAAACCAAACCCAAAAUCUCAUAUCCAAGAGAACUGGAGAAUUCUAGACUUCUUCUCCCAUCAUCCUGAAAGCUUAAACAUGUUCACUUUCCUCUUUGAUGAUUUGGGUGUUCCUCAAGAUUACAGACAUAUGGAAGGUUCAGGUGUUAACACCUACACUUUGAUCAACAAAUCAGGAAGGGUUAACUAUGUGAAGUUCCAUUGGAAACCUACAUGUGGUGUAAAAUGUUUAUUGGAAAAUGAAGCAGUUAAAGUUGGAGGAACCAAUCACAGUCAUGCCACACAGGAUUUAUAUGACUCAAUAUCAGCUGGUAAUUAUCCAGAAUGGAAGCUUUUCAUCCAAACAAUGGUUACUGCUGAUGAAGAUAAAUUCGACUUCGACCCACUAGAUGUGACCAAGAUUUGGCCAGAAGAUAUUUUGCCUUUACAACAAGUGGGGAGAUUAGUGUUGAAUAGGAAUGUGGAUAAUUUCUUUGCUGAGAAUGAACAACUUGCUUUCUGCCCUGCUUUAGUUGUACCUGGUGUGUCUUAUUCGGAAGAUAAACUAUUGCAAACUCGAUUAUUCUCUUAUGCUGAUACUCAAAGGUAUCGGCUUGGACCAAACUAUCUUCAGUUACCUGUGAAUUCUCCGAAAUGCGAACAUCAUAACAAUCACCAUGACGGUUUCAUGAAUUUCAUGCAGAGAAAUGAGGAGGUUAAUUAUUUUCCUUCAAGGUUUGAUAUUGUAAGUCAUGCUGAGAAGUAUCCAAUUCCUUCUGAUGUCUUGAAUGGAAGCCGUGAAAAGGCCAUUAUUGAUAGAGAGAACAACUUCAAGCAGCCUGGAGAGAGAUACCGUUCUUGGGCACCAGAUAGACAAGAAAGGUUUAUUCGAAGAUGGGUGGAAGCACUCGGUGACCCACGUUGCACACACGAGAUACGCAGCAUUUGGAUAUCAUACUGGUCUCAGGCUGAUAAAUCUCUGGGACAGAAGCUAGCUUCUCACAUAAAUGUAAGGCCAAGCAUUUGAACUACUUUAUUAUUAUAAUAAGUGGUUUUUAGUUACAAAAUGCAGAGCAGAGAA